GGUCAGCUCAGCUGUUGUGGGGAAUUUAGGUUCCUGGACAUUUUUAAGGAAGAUGGCGGCGCAGGCGACAGACGGGAUACGUUUGAGCUCGCUAAACCCCAAGUUCCUGCACACCAACUCCACAAGUCACACGUGGCCUUUUAGCGCAGUCGCUGAACUUAUAGAUAAUGCCUAUGAUCCUGAUGUUAAUUCCAAGCAAAUAUGGAUUGAUAAAACUGUCAUGAAAAGCAAUAUAUGUCUGACAUUUACAGACAGUGGAAAUGGCAUGACUAUGGACAAGCUGCACAAGAUGCUCAGCUUUGGCUUCAGUGAUAAAGUUGCUGUGCAUGGCCAUGUUCCUGUAGGACUUUAUGGAAACGGGUUCAAGUCAGGAUCCAUGCGGCUGGGAAAAGACGCCAUUGUCUUCACCAAAAAUGAAUCUGGCAUGCAUGUGGGCAUGUUAUCCCAAUCCUACUUGGAGAAGAUCAACGCAGAGCACGUACUGGUCCCGAUCAUAUCAUUCGACCAGCAUAAGCAGCUUGUACAGACGCCUGAUUCAGAGGCAAAUCUACAGGCAAUAACCACUUACUCUCUGCUGAACAGUGAGACAGAGCUCUUAGCUGAACUGGAUGCCAUUACUGGCCGGAAGGGAACGAGGAUCAUUAUCUGGAACCUGCGAAGGGACAAACGUGGGAGCCCAGAAUUCGACUUUGAUUAUGAUAAAUAUGACAUCCUGAUACCUGCCGAGACUGACGGUACGAAGAGAGGCUAUAAAAAGCAGGAAAGAGUGGACCAGGUUGCCCCCGACAGCGACUAUUCUUUACGAGCUUACUGUAGCAUUUUAUAUCUAAAACCAAGAAUGCAGAUUGUUUUGAGAGGACAAAAGGUUCAAACACAACUGGUCUGUAAAAGCCUUGCGCUCAUAGAAAAAGAUGUCUACAGGCCACAGUUUUUGCAACCUAAAACCAUAAAAAUCACAUUUGGAUAUAACUGCCGGAACAAGGAACAUUAUGGAGUGAUGAUGUACCAUAAAAACAGACUCAUUAAGGGUUACGAAAAAGUUGGCUGCCAAUUAAAGGCUAAUAACAUGGGUGUUGGGGUUGUUGGAGUCGUCGAGUGCAACUUUCUCAAGCCCACCCACAAUAAACAGGAUUUUGAUUAUACAAAUGAGUAUAGGCUCACCUUGUCAGCAUUGGGAUUUAAACUGAAUGAUUACUGGAAUGAAAUGAAAGUAAAAAAGAAUUCUCACCCUCUAAACCUUCCUGUUGAAGAUAUACAGAAAAAGCCCGACCAGUUGUGGGUUCAGUGUGAUUCUUGUCUUAGAUGGAGGAAACUGCCAGAUGCAUUGGGAAAGUUGCCCGAAAAAUGGUACUGCAGUAUGAACACAGACCCACAAUUCAGAGAUUGUUCCGUGCCUGAAGAGCCUGAAGAUGAUGAUGACAUCACUCACUCCACGUAUGAAAAGACCUAUAAGAGAAGGAAAUCUGAACAACUGCAGCAGAUGACACCAGAUAAAUCUACAAUUUUAUUCACACCUCAGAAUAAGGAAAUGCAGCCGUCUCUGAGCUCUGGUCAGAGGUUUUUUAAGCCAAAUCAGAGCCAGGGGACAGAUCUCAACACAAGUUGUAAACGUCCACUAUCUAAUGAGAGUGCAUCUGCAAAGAAGCAAAAGCUCAGCGGGUCGGAUACUAUUGAUCUCCUUCAAUGGAGCGAUGAUGAUGAUGAUGAGGGCGAUGUUAUUAUAAUAGAAGAUAACAGCACGGCCAAGCCAAAAAAUGAUAAUAUGAAAAGUAAUCACUUUACCAAUUCAAAUCCGAUCUCUACUGAGAAGAUGAAUUCUAGACCUGAGAACUUGAAUGGAAGUGAUCCCCUCCCAAACCCUGAUGCCAUUGCUAGAGGUGAGACUUCAGCAGUGGCCACCCAGACAGAAAGAGCAGCGUUGAAUGUUAAAAAAGAAGAAGAAAGCAAUUAUUACGACUGUAAUACCCAACAGACGGCAGAAUCCACUCUUUACAUUAACUGUAAUGGAAUAGCCCAUCAUGAAAUGGACACCUCGCACCAAACCCAUCACCAGGAAAGUUCUGUGGAUGCAAUAGACCGUGAAAAAGAAAGUCUGAGGAUCUGCAGCGAAGAGCUGCUUCUCAGAGUGAAGGGAUUAGAAGGGGAGAUCAAAGAACUGAGAAGCAAUCAGGUUAAGAAAGAAGUUUCUCACCAGGAGACUCAGACGGAUAUCGGCCCACUGAACCCUACUGAAUUUCCUUCCAAACAGUUGGUCACCCAGUAUGAACAGGCCCUUAAGGAAAUCAGCAGGCUGAAAGCAGAGUGUGAGGUGCUACAGAAUAUGAAGGCUGAGCCAGGCUCAAAAGCUGCGAAAUCAGCAGAGGCUGGCAGUGACAUGGAUGAUAUGGCUUUGCAGUUGGACAGCUUAUUCAGACAGCUGGAUGCGUGUUCCACUGAACGGGAUCAGUAUAAAAGUGAGGCUGAAAAGUUAAAGCAACAGUCAGCGCAGUUAGAAAGUCAAACCAAGCAGCUCGAAACCAGAAUUGAGCAGCUGAAGCAUAUGGUCCAAGACAUGGCGAAGAAAGAAAGUGCUUCAACCAGUGCGGCGACAGCGAGUGACCCUAACCUUACGUUACGAUCUCUGCGGAUAAACGUGGCGCAGUUGCUGACCACCCUGAUGCCCGACCUGCAAUUACAAGAUAUAAACUAUGACGUCGAUGUGAUUGAUGAAAUUUUGACUCAAGUUUUAGAGCAAGCCGAGAAUCAAGUGAAUGGACACAAAUAAAAACUGGAGGCAAAUAGCGUGGAAGCACCACCCCAAUUUGCUGCUAAAUGUGACCAGAACUUCUCAGGCCCCUUGGUACAAAAGUGCAAAAAAAAAAAAAAAAACUUUUUAAAACAUGAAAUUUUUAUGCACAGUUGUUACCUCAAUUUUUUUUAUGAUCUUACGGAUAUAAAGUUUAUUUUUUCAUUAAAAAAAGAAAAGUAACAUGCCAAAUAAAGAAGAGAAAAUAUUUUG